CCUGAUGAAUAAAACAUCCCGUGUUUGCUGCUGACUGAUCACCGGAGACUUUUCAGCCGCACAAGUGGUGAAAGGCGACAUAAUCUGCCUCAGAACAAGAUCUGGACUGAGAUUGAGACACACACACACAUGAAGAAAGAGGGAGGAAGACCUGCAGCAGGAGGAGCAGCAUGUUAAAACCCCAGCAGCAGCAGCAGCAGUGUGGUCAGCAGCAGCAGCAGCAGCAGCAGUGUGGUCAGCAGCAGCAGCAGCAGCUGCUGCUCCAUGAGUCACCGCAUGUUUUUGGGAAGCCGUGGUUCUGGCAGCGCAGCAGCAGCAGCAUGGAGAGCACACGCAGCCUGGCCCACGUCAUCAUGGAGAUGCGAGAUGAAAUCAAGAAGCUGGAGGACGAGAACAAAGAGCUGAGAGGAGACAGCGGUCACUGGUCAGUCGCCGUCAGAACAGGAGGAACCAGCCUGGGAUCAGCAGCGUCAGCAUCAGCAUCAGCAGCAGCAUCAGCAGCAGCAGCAGCAGCAGAGCAGCAGAACGUGGAGGAGAUCCACAGUGUGAACCUGAGGAGGAACGUGUCUGCACCAGUUCUGGAUGGACAAUACAAAGAGACCAGCGUCAUGACGGUACGCAGAUAUUCUGUGGGCUCUAAUCUGUCAGCUAAUCUGACUCUGAGAGAAGGAAGGAGUGACAGGAUGAGACGCAGCGACGCUGGAUGGAGGAGAUUACAAGAAGAGAUGCAUCAUGGGAGCGACGUGUUUGCAAACUCUGUGAGAGGAGAAACGGGAAAAGUUAACAACAGACACUCGCUGCAGGAAUACGUCCACAAGAACAGGGCCAAAGUAAAAACGGUGACUUUUCUUCUUCCUGUGGACGACAUUUACACAAACCGUCCUGUUCUCUCCAAACACCAGGGGGAGCCAGUGUUUUCUCAGCUGACCUCCAUCGAUGAGACGGACUCGUGAAAGACGGGACCAAUAAAUACUGUGGCUCUGAGGACACGAGGACAAAGAGAGGAGGACACGAGGACAUGAAGUGAUUCUUUGACCUGGUUUGUCUCACAGACAGACGGACAGACAGACAGAGUCUGGUUACAGGAGUGUGAGUGAGUGAAGGACACUGAUGAGACACAUGAGUGUCUCAGGUGACAAACCUUCACCUGCAGGUGGCAGCACUUUAACAGACUGAGUCAAAUUCAUUCAUUCAUUCAUUCAUUCAUUCAUUAUUCAUGCUAAUUUGUGUUCACAGAGUAAAGUGAAAUCUCCACGUGUGAAU